ACGUCAGCUGUGAGCUCAACUGUUGGCACUGUAUCUCAGAGAACUGCGACCAGGACCCGAGGAACGUCUUCUCUGCCGAGAAAAGGACGUGCUACCAGGGGCAGAAAUGUCAGGUCAGUUGCCGUGCUACUAGGGGCAGAAAUGUCAGGUCAGUUGCCGUGCUGCUAGGGAUAGAAAUGUCAGUUGGGACAGAAAUGUCAGGUCAGUUGAUGUGCUACCAGGGGCAGAAAUGUCAGAAAGUGGUGUUCGAGAUGCUCAGCGAACCCAACACCAAGUACACCUCCACAGUCCGCAGCUGCGCCGACGAGUGCAUCCCCCAGGACGACUUCCUCAACAACAACUGCACCGACGACAUCUACACCAGCCGCGGCUGUGUCCAGCGUGUGUGCUGCGACGACAACGACCUGUGCAACACAGCUGAGAACAGCUUUUCGAACUUUCUUACGCUGGUCCUAACGUCUUCAGCAUGCUGGUGGAUUAGCUCAGUUCUCAGAUGAUGAGGUUGGGCCAGUAGCUACUGUAGUGUGGA